AUGCCCGUGAACGUUGAAGAAUACAUAAGCAAAUGCACCGCAGAGACAAGCCAGGAGAUUAUCGAAGCCAUCAAUCAAGGAGUAGAAGCACAGGCAGCAGGAAAGACUACUUGGAUUAACGCAGUUACAGGUAACAUGGACAUAGCAGACCAAAAUGAAACAGCGGGUGCUACCCGACAGGAUAUUUCGCCAAAAGCUUUAUAUGGUGCGCAACGAAAUGAUCAUAAUCUAAAACAAGUGGCCCAGUACUUAGAAAACAACACCGAGAAACCUUCAAUAAGAGACAGGGUGGCUGAAACAAAGACGACACGCCGCCUAUAAUAAAUGAAUGGAAGAAGCUGGAACUCGAAGACGGGAUACUGCGACGUCGCGCCGGCGAAUAUCUACAACUGGUGUUACCCAGGCAAUUUCGUCGAAUGGUGUACCGUAACCUCCAUGAAGAGAUGGGCCAUUUAGGACGGGAGAGAACAUUUCAAUUGGCAAAAACGCGGUUGUAUUGGUCUUAUAUGCAACGGGACAUACAGCAUUAUGUCUUAAAUGUGUGCUCCCGUCUGAAACAGAGACGCCCAAAAGUGUCCCCUAAAGCACCAUUACAACCCUCACAUCUUCAGCACCAUUUGAACUAAUAUCGAUCGACUUCGUUCACUUGGAAAACAGCAAGGGUAGUUAUGAAUACAUCUUUUGUAUUGUUUUUGUAGAUCAUUUCACCCGAUUCGCCCAGGCGACUCGUAAGAAAUCUGCUAGAACUACUGCUAACAAGUUAUACAACGAUUUUGUUCUUCAAUUUAGGUUUCCGUCACGUAUUCACGACGAUUACGGCGGCGAAUUUGAGAACAUUCUGUUUAAACAUCUAGAGGAACUUUGUGGAGUGCAACAUUCUAGAACAACACCGUACCACCCCGAUGGAAAUGGGCAGGCCGAACUAUUCAACCAGACCUUGCUUGCCACGCUGAGAACCCUGCAAGAAGAAAAGUCGAAUUGGGCAGGCAUUCUAAAUAAAGUCGUACAUGUGUACAACUAG